AUGAGGAGCCUUGUGUUGGAAGCGUACAGCGGACAAACUGAUCCAAAGGAUCAUUUGCUUUAUUUCAAUAUGAAGAUGGCAAUAAGCGCAGCUUCCGACACGGUGAAGUGCAGGAUGUUCCCAUCUACAUUUAAGGGCGCGGCGAUGGCUUGGUUUGCGACUUUGCCACGGGGAUCUAUAGCAAAGUUCCGCGACUUCUCGUCGCAAUUCCUUAUUCAGUUCUCUACAAGCAAGAUCGAGCAGGUUACAAUGGAAGAUCUGUAUGACGUUCGACAGAUAGAGCGAGAAACUUUGAAGCAAUACGUGAAGCGGUACAGUAAUGCAUCCAUGAAAAUCGAGGAGUGGGAACCUCAGGCAUGUGCGCGCGCUUUCAAAAAUGGAUUGCUGCCGGGAAAGCUUAACAGCAAGCUGAGUCGGAAACCAGUGCACUCGAUGACAGAGGCUCGCGCCCGGGCGAGUGCCUACAUCCUAGAAGAGGAGGACGACGCAUUCUAG